AUGACACUUGCUCCUCAUUUUGACGCGAGCCCUGGGCAUGCACCAAUUGCGCCCAGUCCCCGGCCUUCAGGUCCAGUAUACACAAAUACGACGCCUACAAGCAGCCCGACGCCAGUGGAACCUACAGUAAUCACUUACACUCCUCCUUUGCCACCAACCUAUUUACCACAACUUAACACAGGCAACCAAACGGCGUGUUCCACAUGUAACUCAUCUUGCACAGGCUGCUUGCUUGCAGCCAAACGUCCUAUAACUACUUGGUUUGAUUCUACAGGGCUUUUGGUACGCUGGACUAGCACGGUUGUGACCGAGACCAUCGUUACUGAGUACAUCACCUACAUGAACAACGGCACCAUCGACACGGUCGUUACCCAGGAGCACACUGUCAAUCAAACAAAAACCGUUACAGGCAGUAACGAUGAAAUCAUUACUCACACUACGCCCACGUUCACUGUAGAGGUUACGGAUGGGGUACGCCUACAGUUCGAUGCAGGACCCACCUACGUUAUCUACAACCAUAUAUUUGGUGGACCUGACCAACAUUUCAGCUUGCGCUUUUCCCAGAAGAACCAGACUUUCGCGCAAUGUGUGCCCAAGGAGACUUCGCUAAAAGACUGGGAGCCACCCAGGACUGCACUACAAGACUGGACCCAUUUGGUAGUAACUCACACGGAACCACUGCCAACAACUACUAAAGGCCAAUACAAUUUCCCGUUACCCACCCAGGUCCUUCAUUACCUGGAGCAAGAACCAGCCAUUCAGUCGCAAUUUCGGGGUCUGGAUCUUGCUUCAUGUUCCUUUGAGAGACCCAGCCUCAGUGAUUCCCUCCAGCUAUCAUUGGCCCUUCCUGGUGUCCCUCCUAGUACCCCCUUAUCUACUGGUAUGGGGCUGCCUCCCCCUCUUGCUGCCCCACCCACGUCUCAACCGAUAUUGGCGUCGCCAACAACAUCGACUUUCCUCUCGACAACGUACGAGUCUACUUCCGUCCAUAAUACGGUGCGAGGUUGUUUGAGGUGCCUCCCUGACUCCCCGGUGUCGCUCAAAGCUGAUUUGCCUUCACCAACUCCUGCGGGCAGACCCGACAUACAUAAUUUUGUACCCCCGCCAAAUGAGCUCAACCAACCAAGUGACAACAUACCUAGGCCUUUGAAUGUGCCUGGACCAACCCCAAAUGCGCCUGGACCGAUUGCAAGCCCGGCUGGACCUGUCACAGGCGAGCCUGGUAGACCAGGUCACCAAGAUCAAGACUUUUCGAAUUGGCUCCCUCCUGUGAUCGUCGUUGGAGGCCAGACACUCAGACCAGGGCAAACUCAAACCAUCGAUGGAGUCCCUGUUAUCAUUCCCGGGAAUGGUGAGGGAGCAAGGAUUAUUGUGGACGGUAGCACAGUUGCUCUUGAUGCAGCGGCAACACCAGGACCUCCCGUGCUCACUGUCGGUGGGGGGACAAUCGCUGCCAAUCCACAAGGAGAUUUUGUCUUCGGAACAGAAACUUUGAAGCCAGGAGGUCCACCGGUCAUUGUCAAUGGAAACACUGUUAGUCUUGGCCCUGGUGGUGUUGCUGUUGUCAAUGGCGCCACACAGACUAUUACUGCUGGGCUUCCGCCCUCUGUUACUGUUCCUCCUGCGUCGGUUGUUGGUGAUCAUACCAUAUUUACGACAGUAGUCGGGGGUUUGACGGUCGGUGUUGUAGCGCCUGGUCAGGCGGUAGGCGCAGGCAGUUGGGUUGUGGUUGAUGGCCAAGCAGCUUUCGUACCCGCUCCUGGCCAAACUGUCACGCCCGGUGGAGUUCUUACCCUUGCCGGGAUUACAUAUUCUCUGCCUCAAGGCGCACCGGGUGGUGUUGUUGUGAUCAAUGGUCAAACAGCUUACGUACCCGCUCCUGGUCAAACCCUCACACCCGGCGGCGCUCUUACCAUUUCGGGAACUACAUACUCCUUUCCUGAAGGCGCACCAGCCGGUGUUGUCGUGAUCAACGGCGUUACAUCUACCAUGACUCCUGAUGCUGUUUUAACACCUGCUCCUGCGCUGACGAUCAAUGAUGUCACAUACACACAAAAAGUAAGGGACGGAACAACAGAGUACGUGUUAGGUGACGGCACGACGCUUGCACCUGGUUCUACGGUUGAAAUGGAUGGAACAACAUACUCUUUGGACAAGUCAGGUACAGCCUUGAUCAUCAACGGGCAGACGAGCACUGUGCACAGUCUCCCGAAGAGUAACAGUGCAAGUGCUACCAGCUCAAGCAUGGCAUCUGUAACGACAAGUCGCGACGCUGGCGAUCUUAUUGCGAGUGGUGUAGGCCAAACCAGCAAAGGUGUUGGUGCCUCAGUACAGCAUCCAGGCAUUGACAGAUGGGUUGAGAGCCUGGUCGUUGGCGCUGCAGGUUGGUUGCUGGUAUUAUUUUAA